AUCUUCGAGGCGUUUUCGAAUUCCAUAGUGUUUCAAAAUGCCGCAUUUACCUGAGAUGAAAAUACCUAUUAUCGUUUUAGUGCUUUUCAAGAUUCUUACAGAGGGUCAUGCCAUCUUCCUUGGACUGGCAGCAAUGUUCACCAAGGAAUUUUGGGUCGCUGUGUACUUAGAAAUUAUCGAGAAUCGCUGGCUUUACUUUGGCAACUUAUGCUGGCUCGUUGUGAUGAUAUUCGUCGCGUACAAGAUAAACAGACAUGGACGAGAUCCACCUCAUGGACAAACAAAUCAACCUUCGCAUUCAGCAAAUGAUUCAACUAAUCUUAUCAAAAAUCAACGGCUUAAUGGCGUAGAGAUGACGUCAGACGACAUAUGCCAACAGCAUGACGUCACAUUAGAUGACGUCAAAUGCAAGGUAAAUGAUGUCAUGCUGCCAAAAAUGCAAGGCGAUACAGAGGAGAAGGGAGUGGAGGAGUCUCCCAGCUGGAACCCAGCGCGAGCAGCAACGAGCUGUGAACUCGAGACCGCUAUGCUUUCAGCCCUAGAGGUCAUUGCUAACAGCGGGCUAGGGGCCGUUUUGACCAAUCAGAAAGCGCUACUGGGAGAAUACAGCCAAUCAGAUGGCGAGAUGACUGAUUGCGUCAGCAGUGAUGAGGAUAAGGACAUGUCGAAUCAGGAACCGGAAGCUGAUUCUAGUGUACGACCGGAAGUAGUUUCCAGUAUCGCGCGGCAGGUCGUCAUGGCGGGUGAUGGCGUUCCCUGCUCACCUUCGUCUCGUUCGACCGGCAGUUCGUUCUUCUAUUUUCAGACCGAAAAGUCUCGCCGAGUUCUUAUGGUUGCAGCCCUCGCUUUGGUUUCUUACGGGGGAUACAAGCUUCUCUCCAAAUAAGUUAUUCAAACCAAGGAUAUGGAAAUUAUAUGUUAUUUAUCUAUCUAUUUAUUAAUAUCUACCACCUAAACUAUCUCCGAAAUCUUAUUUUUCAAAAAUUCAUAUUUCUUCUUUAUUGACAAUAUUGCCUAUUUUCUAUUCGAAUAUCUAAUUAGGAUAUAAACUGUAGUAUUCAAGUAAGCGUUUGAUCUCGAUCCGGAUGAGACCCGAAAUGACUGUCAAAGUCUAAUUGUUGACCAGUUGACUGGAUUGUCAUAUUUAAGAGACCACCAGCCUUGAUCAUCAUAUCUUAAAACUCUUUAAAAACUUCUUCAAACUCCCUGUCAUUGUUAUUAUAGAAAACUAAUACAAUGCUAACUUUU